CACAGCGGACGCGGCAGUGCACUCUCUUGACUUUGUCCUCCUCCAUUUCCUUCAUCUGCUUUGUCUUUACUCUAUCAUGUCCCCGGCGGAUGAUACUCAGUAUGAGGACGACUCUCAGCCCGUCUCGGUGCCCGAUGCGGGUGAUGCGGGCGAGAGCGGUAAGCUCAAGAUGAUUGUAUCGCUGGUGAAGAAGGUGGUGGGUGUGAAGGAUAUCGCGUCCAUGCGGCUGUCAUUGCCCGCUUCGUUGCUGGAGCCCAUCCCGAACCUGGAGUACUGGCAUUAUCUUGACCGGCCAGAUCUGUUAGCGGCCAUCAAUGACUCUGACGAUCCUUUCGAACGCAUGCUGGCCGUCCUCCGAUUUACGUUCUCCAAGGAUCUCAAGUUCAUUCGCGGCAAGGUCUGCAAACCCUACAACUCUGUCCUUGGAGAGCACUUCCGAUCGCACUGGGAUGUACUACCGGUCGAGUACCCCUCUGAUCCCACGGAGCCGCCAAUGCAACAUCUCUACCUCACCACGCCUGCACCGGAAUCGACAACUUCGUCGCUAGCGCCGACCCCAUCGCGUACACCGCGCAUCCCAGCGUCUGAGACGGCGAGUAUGAGCGGCCGAAGCAUCAAGAGCGGCAAGAGCGCAACGAGCGGGCUCAGCGCGGUCUCGCAAGGCACGUCAACGCCAGGCAAGAGCACCCCCGCAACGUCUCCGGACCUGGUCGAGACGAAUUUGGAGGCGGGCGUGUCGAGCCUGUAUCUGAAUGACGAGGGCGACCUGCUCGAGGCGGACGAUGCGCCUGAUGCGGAGGGCAAGCGACGCGUGCGCAUCGUGUUCUUGACAGAGCAGGUCUCGCACCACCCGCCUGUAUCCGCAUUCUACGCGACGUGCCCCAGCCGGAGCACGGAGCUGAUGGGCGUCGACCAGAUUUCGGCGAAGGUCUCUGGUACGACGAUCCGCAUCGUGCCCGGCUCGCUCAACAAGGGUAUCUUCGUGCGACUUACGGGCGGACCGGGCGAGGGCGAGACAUACCGCAUUACUCACCCCGUUGGGUCCGUGAACGGUAUCCUCCGAGGCAGCUUCUACAUCACUAUGAGUGAGGCGACGAUCAUCGAGUGCAGCGGCGGGCCCGACGGCGAGAAGUUGCGGGCGGUGAUCGAGUACAAGGAGGAGUCGUGGCUGGGCAAGGCGCAUUUCUUGGUCGAGGGCGUGAUCCACACGUACGUGCCCGGAAGCACGGAGCAUCAGGAGUGGACGCGGGUGAAGCACGUCCCCCAGGACCGCGUGCUUGCGACGCUCGACGGUUCAUGGAAGCACCGUAUCCGGUGGAAGCGCGUCAACGCGCCCAACUCGGACUACGCGACGCUGAUUGACUUGUCCACGCUGUGCGCCAUACCGAAGUCGGUGAGGCCGCUGGAGAAGCAGCAUCCGAACGAGAGCCGGAAGCUGUGGGAGAACGUGACGAACAACUUGUUGACGAAGGAGUACAGCGAGGCCACGAAGCACAAACUUGCGAUCGAGCAGCGCCAGCGUGAUGAUGCUGCAGAACGGAAACGGAAGGGAGCGCAGUUUGCGCCGCAGUAUUUCGAGAGUGACAUAGAGUCCGGCAUACCCAAAUUGACGGAGGCUGGCCGUCAAGCGCUAGAAGAGGAGCUCAAGGAGGAGGCGCUAUACCCGUUGGAGGAGGCGUGACCUGGU